AAAACUUUUGUUUGAUGUUGUCAUUCAGAAGUUUUGUACUAAGUGUGCAAAAGUUAAAUCGUUCCCCUACCCGAUGGAAAUGUGAUUAAUGUUUCAAGUUUUAUAACUUUUAAGCAGAUUUAUCGCUUUGAAACAAUAUAUAAUUGACUCAGCGUUUGAGAAUUUUAAGUAGUGACUAUUUCAGAUGCAACUGUUGUACAAUUCUGCUGUUGUGCAUCCAGUUCAAUAUUGGAACAAAAUUUAUCAUUUAAGAAGAAAAUGUAUAGUAUUUUCCAAUUUUUCUUAAAUGGAUGGAAACGAUCUCCUGAGCAAAGUGUAGAAACAGAAUCUUCAGAAAAAGAUAGAUUUUAUGAAAGUAAAGAUAAAGAAAUAGCUGUUGCAGAAGCACAGACUGAUGAAAAUGCAGUUGAGUUACUUUUGGAAGAAGAAGGGAAACUAAAGGCAGAACGAAAAAAAGCCAAGAAAAAACGCAAAAAAGAAAGGAAAAAACAACAGGAGUUAGAACAAGACCCAAAUUCUGAAACAAACAUAGAUCCUUCCAGUGCCUUUGUAGCAGUUAUUGCCAAAAAACAUAGAAACAGCACAUCUUCUGAAGCUCCAAGUAAAGACUGUUCUGUCCAGACAUCCAAUCUCCCAGAUGAGGAUGAACAAAUUGUGAUAUUGAGAAGCAGGGAGCUUGCACGUAAAGGAAAUGCUUUAGCAACUUUAGGUUUAUAUUCCAAGGCUGUAAACUUAUUUAGUGAGUCUAUUAAGGUGUAUCCUGCUGAAUAUAGGUUUUAUGGUAACCGUUCCUUAUGCUAUGAACGCAUGGGCCAAUAUGAAAGAGCUUUAAAAGAUGCAGAAAAAUCCAUAUCUUUGUGUUAUACAUGGCCAACGGGGUACUUUAGAAAAGGUCAAGCUUUGCUAGGUCUUCAAAAGUAUGCUCUUGCGGAGGAAUGUUUCCUGAUGGGGCUGAAAUAUGAUAGUAAGGCUAGAGAGGUUUUGACAGAUUUACGCAAAGUUAGAAUUUUGCAAAUUAUGGAAAAAGGAUAUUCCAAAGAGCUAGCAGAAUCAGCCCUUUUAAUGUGUGGAUCUGUUGAAGAUGCACUGGAGGAGCUUCAAAAAGGUUCUGUAACGGCAACUAAAACAGAUGACAGUGAGAUUUUUGAUUCUGACGAUGAAAGAGAAUUCUGGUCUGCUGCUACAAAAUUUAAAAAAGAAAACAAAAUAUAUGAUAUUAAAACAGACCCUAAAAACCCAGAGCAGCACAAUUCCCUUUGGAUUGGCAAUGUACAACCUGAUGUCACUGAAAAAAAAAUGUUGAGUUUAUUUUCAAGGUAUGGGGAAUUAGUAAGCAUAAAAAUAUUGCCUGAAAAAUUUUGUGCAUUUGUCAAUUUUAAAAGUAAAGACUCACCAGGAAAAGCCAUGGCAGCCUUGCAGGGUCACUUAUUACAUGGUGCUAACCUUGAUAUUCGAUUUCCUAAUUUGCCUGGCGAGACACGUGAUAAAAAGAAAUCUGUUGUCUCUCCUCAAGCUGUAAAGCCAAAACUAGCACCUGUAAAUGGAGAUGAGUGCUAUUUUUGGCGAACUACAGGCUGCACAUAUGGAGAUCAGUGUCGUUAUAAGCAUGUGAGAACACAUAAAGGCAUUGAUAAAAAGAAAUGGAUGGCAAAAUCUGAUAUUUAAAUCCAAUUUAGUGUCCUGUUUUAAGUGUUUUCUAAUUGCAGUAGACCCUUGUUUUACGUGAGGUGGGGGAUUAUGUUCCACGGAAAUGCCGUGCAAAUUAAAACCGCUUAAAUUAAGACUUGAUAUUAGUGUUAAAAUAGGGGUUAGGUUCCAUAGAUUUAAAAAAAACCUGCAUUCUAACGAUAGAUAAAUAGGUAGUAAUGUGUACUUAUUCCGAUACAUAUGCACAACAUGUAUAAUGAACACAUGAAUUAACUUAUUGUUCAUAAAAAAAGAGCUGAUUAUGAUAGUCUUUUGGCGGCCAUUAAUUGAAUCGUUUAUUUAAAAAACAGUUUAGCGACAAACAUUAAAACUUCAAAAAAGGACUUUUACCUUCAUAUUAAAAAUUUCCUAUAAGAAUUACCAUGUUUUAAACUGAAAGGGAUGCAUAUUUGGGUAUAUUUCCUUCAAUAAACAAUGUUGCAAUUCUCAUUGAAUAAUUUGAUGAUACAAUGAUAUAUAAAUGUUUUACUAAAAUUAGCAAUUUUGGUAUUUGACUUGUUCAUGAAACAAAUGAUUCAGUUAUUUUUCUCUGUAGUUCUUUGUGGGGAAUUAAUGCAUCCAUGAUCACUCGAGUCACUUCUAUGGCGGGAUUUUCCUUCAUUAACGAAUCAGAAACGUCAUUUGCAAUUGUUAAGAAAUGGCUCAAAAUUUUCAUUUGAAAGCUUUUGGUGGUGCGUCACGGAUUGCAGUAUCCUCGUUGGUUUGAUUCUCCUUCGUCUCUUCCUCACUUCUGAAAGCUCUUCUACCAAUAGACUCAGAAUUGUGUCAGUUUAAUAACUUAACUUCUGGAAAGAGCUCUGGAAACAGUUGCAAAAAAUGUCUCCAGUGGCCCAAGCUCGUUUAUUAGCACACCAAAAAGCAGUUUAAUGCAUGUUAUCUUCAAUCUCAGGAGCUUUGAUUUUGAAAGAAGGGAAAAUUUUAUCUGUUUGCAAUGCCGCAUUCACAUAAAUCAAAAUUCAUCCACGUAAAAUAAAAUAAAGGUGUCAAAUCCUCAACCACGUAUAAUCAAAUCGAUAUUGAAUAAACCUGCGUAAAAUGAGGGUUUACUGUAGUUUGAAAGGAUUUUUAAAGAGCUGUUUUGCCCCAAAAUAUUUAAAAUAUUUGUUUCAUGGAUUAUUCAGCUUGCGUUUGACGAACCUCACCGGUCGACCAGUGAGUAACUGGUUUCUAACCGUAGCGCUCUUGAGAGCUACCGGUUAACUGGUUGCUUCUGAUGUUGUUUCAUGAGUCUCACCAAUUGAUUUGCCGGUCGACCACAACUCUAGCUGGUUGAUUGGUUGAUGGAACCAUGUGACAUUUUUGACCAAUUAUAUGUAUUUUUCACUUGCGCGUUAUUCGUCUGCGUCAUGUCUGCACAAGUAACCAGUGAUGAACUGAAAGCGUUCGAUGAAGCAUUGGUUCGUGAACAACCGGUUAGUAACCGCUGACAUCAUUGCUGUCACGUGAUUAACCAACUGGUCGCUACCGAUCGUGCUCGUCAAACGUAAGCUCAGCAAAACACAAAGUUUGCAAUCCGGUUGUUUAAAAUAUAAGUACUUAAAAAAUAUUUUCAGUAUAUGUAUAAAAAGAUGUUUCAAUUCAAUGAGUAAAUUUUAACCUUUUUUCAAAGGACAAUUAUUUCCAUCCAUUAAUGCUUUGGAUGGAAUUAAUUGGAUUGUUCAAAAAAUGUUUUACUAAUUUAUUAAUUAUUGCAUGAAAUUUAAUUUUCUCAAUUAGCUUUUCAAUUUUUAUUUUUACCACUUAAAACCUUGAAUAGUAUGAAAGAAAAAUACCAACGGGAACCUUAAUUUUUAAUUAUGUCUUGCUUCAAAAUUUGAGCCAAUGAUUUCUUUCAGUGGUAAUGUUUGUUACUUUGAUGACAAUUUAUUUUAAUCCAAAUUUUAAUACAUUUUUGUAAGUAAAUUUGAAAUGCUGAUAAUAUGAACUUUUAUUUAAAAAUUAAAGACACUCACCUAUUUCCCGUACAACAAACAUUUUUUUUCAUCUUUGAUUUUAAUUAGAAUUAAUUCUUAGAAAAAAAUAUUCCUCAAAGAUAUUCUUCAAAAUUUUUGAAAUUAUUUAUUUGUAUAUAAUGUUAUAGAUUAGUUUUUUUUGGUGAUUUAGAUGACUAAUGCAUAAGUUAUUUUUUUGACUUGCAUUUCAUUUAAGUGUUAUUAUUAAGAAAUGUGCAAUGUUUUGUGGGUUUUUCAUUUAUUUUUUUUCAAAAGAGAAAGACUGAAAAUUUCUGCUAAGAUAGAGUAGUUUGCCAUAUCAAUUUCAUUGUUCUAAUUUACAAAAAAAUUUAUACAAAAUUUAGCUUUUUUUUUCUUAUAUCUUUUCAUGUUUUUCUUGCCAAUUAUAAAAAUUUAAUUUUGGAUAAAUAUAUUUUUAAGCUCUUUUUUCAAAUAUGAGCUGAUAUUUCUAGACGAAUAUGUACAGUAUAGUUUGUCUUGUUUACAUCAUCAUCAUCAUCAUUGUCUUUGUUAUUGCUGCUAUUAAAUGUUAUGCAAGUGUUUUCUAUUUUCCCUCAUAGUCUUUGCGUAUCACAUCUAUGCACAAACACUUUGGUUGAAUUUGCCAAUUAAGUUUUACUCUUAGAAUAGUUUGAUGCAAAAAUAGUUUAAAGUUUCAGUAAGGUUUCAGUUUGCCAGAAACUGACAAAAAUUCAAAAUCUUGGAAGACAGAAAAAAAAAAAAAAAUGUUACCAGAAAAGUUAUUUCUUAGAGUUUUUUUUGGUAAAUUCAGUCCAACAUUAAAUAUUUUUGUUCUGAAGGAACUAGUCACCAAGAUAUUUUUUUAGUUACUUGUUUUUUUUAACCCUGGUUAUAUAACAUUGAUAAAAAAUCUCUGUAUUUUUGAUCAAUAUCAAAAUUUAUAAUUUGUAACUGUCAAUGACAAUGAAGCUUCAUUGAUUCUAGCAUGUAUUGACAGCCUGGAUAUGACAUCCAUAGACCACAGUUUAGCCCUUGUUGUGAGCUCAUCAGUGUUGUAUAGUCAAUAACCAAACUGAAAACAUGUUCUCUCAUUGAAGGUGGUAAAAGCUUUUACAUUUAUUUUACAAGUUGAGCCUCACCAUUGCUUGUGGAUUCUCAUUGGUGCGCUAAAUUAGUUUAAACUACCAGUUUGUGGGUAAUCUCAGCUUCAAUGAGAGAACAUCUGCUUCCAGCUUUGGAAUGGACUAUUCCAGACUGAUGAGUCCAUAACAAAGGUGAAACUGGAGUCUCUGGAUAUCAUAACUGAGUUGUUGGUAAUGCUCGUAGUUCUGCCUUAUCUUUGGAUUGAGGUUGGAAACUUACCCCUAAUUAAUCUUUACUUAUGCUAUACUUGAAGUACACUCCAAAAAAUUUCUAUAUCAAAAUAAUCAUUAUGAAUCCAUUUUUGCUUUAAUUUCAUUCAUUUCUUUGAAAUCUUCUGACAAAUUAGUAAUAUAAUGUAGAGUUUUUCUGUAAUAGUAUAGUAUUUUGAUUUACAAUAAGGUUACGACCAAAUAUUUUGCCUUUGCAACUAUGAUUGCCUUAUUUCACAGUUAAGAGGUACCUAAAGUUCAUGUAUGUGCCAAAAAUGUUACAAUAUUUUAAAUAAGUACUAAGAGAAAAUCUUAAUGGUGUACAGUAAUGCCUCUUGAAAUUCAAAAUAAUAAUAAUAAAAAAAGAGACUGGGGUAAUUUGUAAUAAUCGAUAUAUAUGUGCGAAAAUAAUUACACAAAGUUGAAAGAAAAUAAACUACUAUGUACACCUGUUGAAAUUAAUCAAUGUUAUUUAUACUGAUAUGGGCAAGUAAACCUCAGUAUCUGAAAAAAAUGACUCAUUGAGAUUUAUGUAAAUAUGCGUUUGUUUCCACCUGAAAUGCUAAUAAAAUGUAGGAUUCUGCCAUUAUUUGCAUGCUUUAUUUUUAGUGGAAACCAAAUGAGCAAGUUUGUUUAACAAAGCUAAAGUACAAUUAAGGAUAAAAAUACCAAAAAAAAGAGGGGGGGGGGGGGACUUUCAGAUAACUGUUAUUUACCUGCCCAUGCAGAGCAGUAUAGCACAUAGAACGUAAUAUGCUGAUUGUGUUAAUAUUUAAGUUUCAAAAAAGACUAUUAAUUUGUGUUUGAUUAAUAAUGAAUUUAAGAUUACAGGUAGUGAAAUUUAUACAUUUAAGUUACGACACUUUUUGCCUUUUCCUUUGACUAAGAUUUUUGAAGUGAUUAUAGUACCUUUUUUAAAUCAAUGUUUUUAACUUAAGAAGGGCAUACAUAGGAUUGCUCUCUUGAAUAAUUGAAAUGUACCAUUAUAAUGUGUAAAUAACAAUAAAAAGAGAAAUAGAUAAUGAAAGUUAAGCAUUUUUAAAGUUGCAUAUACUAGUUUAAUUUGGGCAUUUACAAAAUUAUUUUGCCAAUGCAUUUGUAAGCAGUCUGAAUAUCAUAUUAAGCACUGAUGUAAAAAGAGUGGAACAAGCUGUGAUAUUACAAAGUGAGCAAAAUUUGAUAGAGGUAAUUUAAAAUGGAUCAACUUAUCCUAAGGAAAGGUGCCCUGAAGCUGACACUUAAGAAACUUCCUAAAGCUGACAUCUUUAAUUAUGAUAAAUGUUUAAAGCAAUACCAAUUAUCGAAAUAAUUUAGAAUGAAUUUUUUUCCCUGAUAUAAAAGAAAAUCAAUUCAUUCUAAAUUAUUUAAGUAAAAUUUUCAUACAUUAUUUUUUACUUUCUAUAAAAGGAUGUGUGUGGCAACCUGAUUUGUAUUGCUUUAAAGAUUUGACAUGCAUUU